CUCUGGUGUAAAGUCUUCAUUUAUGUUCACUCUGGAUGGUGUGACAGUAAAACUCAUCUUUAGAAGUUUACUCAGUUUGUCAUAGAAGACCUGAGAAAAGCACCACAGACGCAGGGAUAUAAUCUACAGAGCCUGGAUCCGUGGAGCUUUCCUGCUAUAAGAUAUUAAGAUGAGCACAGAGGCUGUUGAACAGACAGAAUCUCAGCAUGAACAAGCUGACAUUGAACAAAAUGGCUUCACCAGACAAAUUAAGACUGAGAACCUGAAUGAUUCACCUCAUUCUGGAUCAUCCCACAAGACAUGCCACUUAACUCAGGGAUCACCGGUGCCUGGAGGCCAGCUCACUGGGGAGCUGCCCUCCCUGCACCCUCUGCCCCAGCUCGUCCUGAUGCCUGGAUCUCACCUGUCCUCUCCAUCAUUUCUCUUCUCACAGGCCCAAUCAGGACACCAAACACUGCUGCAGCCCAAUCUGCUUUCCUUGCCCUCCCAGUCCCAGACAGGACUCCUCCCGCACCAGCCUGGUCUCGCACUCACUCCUCAGGCAAUGGGCAGGUCAGGUCUGGCCGGCUCCUCAAUGGACGGACACCUGGAUAUGUCUCACUUACAGGUGCCUAAACAUGUGGGAUCACCACAAGAUGAACCCAGUGACCUGGAGGAACUCGAGCAGUUUGCCAAAGCCUUCAAACAGAGACGCAUCAAACUAGGCUUUACUCAGGGUGACGUGGGUCUGGCCAUGGGAAAGCUGUAUGGAAAUGACUUCAGUCAGACUACAAUCUCACGCUUUGAGGCUCUCAAUCUUAGCUUCAAAAACAUGUGCAAGCUCAAGCCCUUGCUAGAGAAGUGGCUGAGUGACGCAGAGAACUCACCAUCCGACUCCAUGACCAGCCCCACCGCCUUACCACCCCUUAUGGAGGGUUAUGGAAGGAAGAGGAAAAAGAGAACAAGCAUUGAAACUAACAUCAAGCUCACACUAGAGAAACGCUUUAUAGAUAACCCAAAACCCAACUCUGAAGAGAUCACGCUCAUCUCAGAGCAGCUAUCCAUGGAGAAGGAAGUAGUGCGGGUUUGGUUCUGCAACCGGCGGCAGAAAGAGAAGCGGAUAUACUGCCCCAUCUCCACUUCACCUAUAAAGUCUCACAACUACAACCCUCGUCUGCCUUCAACUUCCCGCUCAUUCAGUCCACUCGCCACUGGAGGUGUGUCAUCAAGCUCCUCCCCCAACAGCCCCAGUCGAGGCUCCUCCCCCAGCACUCUGUCCACUACAUCCAGUCCACUGACCGCACAGGGGGUCAACCAGACGUUCAACACCACAGGAUCCUGGUAUCGCUGGAACACCGCAUCAUACCACCACUGAGCCCCUCUGAAGGCAACAGCUUCACUGCAUGACUCACCAGACGAGAGAGAAAUACUCAUUCUGUAAUGUUUACAACCAGCACUAAAUGCGGCGGCAGAACGCAGAGAACCACUGUUCUGCUUCUCAUGAUCUAAUGUUCAAAGGGCUUGUGAAUAGAGCUUCACUGCUAAUUACCGAAGGGAAAAAGCACUAAUAUGCAAUGGCACAUUGUUUAGAUAUGCAAUCUUGCUACAAAGAAUCUGACAGACAUGUUCAGCAGAGCUUUUAAUGUGCGUGAAACCUUAUUUCACUUUCUGUGUAAAAUCUCUGUGCCAAUUUUGUUGGAGAUGAAGGCUCAAAUCUGGCUUUUUGUUUAUUGAUAACGUUGAUGUGAAAA